GGUCAACUAUAUGGGCACUAACAGAUUGAUUCUCAGACAGUGUUCCUAGGCUGGUAAUUCAUUUACAGAACAUACACUGACAACUGGAGCUAUUUUCACAGUCAGAAAGACAAGUUGACCAUCAGACAAACGCUGAUUUACAUUUUCCCCCUCCUACAACACCUUUCAAGACUAGGCUACCUUCACCUAUCAUGACGACACCUAACCAGAAUCGAACCCCCCGCGGCGUGGGCACCCCGCUCUCCCCCAACCGCAUCACGCGGCUGCAGGAGAAGGAUGACCUGUGCAACCUCAAUGACCGCCUGGCCGUCUACAUCGACAAGGUGCGCUCACUGGAAUCUGAGAAUGCGGGGCUGCGGCUGCGUAUUACUGAAUCGGAGACCGAGAUUAGCCGGGAGAUGAAGGGCAUGAAGGCUGCUUAUGAGGCCGAGCUUGCUGACGCCAGGCAGACUCUUGACUUGGUGGCCAAAGAGCGUGCACGCCUGCAGCUGGAACUAGGCAAGGUGCGGGAGGACUACAAGGAGCUCAAGGCCAGAAACACAAAGAAGGAGUCCGACCUGGCGGGGGCACUACUCCGGCUGAAGGACCUAGAGGCUUUGUUGAACUCUAAGGAUGCAUCCCUGACCACUGCCCUGGGAGAGAAACGCAACCUUGAGGCAGAGGUCAGAAACCUAAAGGCCCAGCUAGCCAAGCUGGAGACCAGUCUGAGCGAUGCUAAGAAGCAGCUGCAGGAUGAGAUGCUGAGGAGAGUGGAUGGAGAGAACCGCAUCCAGACAGUAAAAGAAGAGCUGGAGUUCCAGAAGAACCUCUACACUGAGGAGCUGAGAGAAACGAAGAGACGUCACGAGUCUUGCAUGGUGGAGCUGGGUAACGGAAAACAGGAGGACUUUGAGAGCAGGCUGGCCGAGGCCCUGAUAGAGAUGCGCUCCCAGCACGAGCUACAGAUCAAGAUGUACAAGGAUGACAUAGAGAAAACCUAUACAUCUAAGUUGGAGAAUGCCCGUCAGUCUGCUGACAGGAGCAGUCACCUGGUGGGGGCAGCCCAUGAGGAGCUGCAGCAGACCAGAGUACGCAUCGAGUCUAUGUCCUCCCAACUCAGCCAGCUGCAAAAACAGUUGGCAGCUCGUGAGGUGAAGGUGAGGGACCUGGAGGAGGCGUUGUCUCGUGAGAGGGACACCACGCGCCGUCUGCUGGGUGAUAAGGAGAGAGAGAUGGCUGAGAUGAGACAGAGGAUGCAGCAGCAGCUGGAUGAGUAUCAGGAGCUGCUGGAUGUCAAACUGGCCCUGGACAUGGAGAUCUGUGCCUACCGAAAGCUACUGGAGGGAGAGGAGCAGAGGUUGCGUCUGUCCCCCAGCCCUCCCACUACGCGAGUGACAGGAAGUGGAUCAGGCACCCAUACCGUCCACUGCAGUUCCUCUACCAAGAAGCGGCGUCUCAACAACACAGACAGUGAGGCCUCAGGCCUGACAGGAGGCACAGUGGCACGAACACGCAUCACCCAGCAGGCUUCUGCCAGUGGACGUGUCACUGUGGAUGAAGUGGACCUGGAUGGGAAGUAUGUGAUGCUCAGCAACAAAGCAGAUGAGGACCAGAACCUGGGAAACUGGCAGCUGAAGCGACAGAUGGGCUCCGGCACCCCCGUCACCUUCAAGUUCCCCCCUAAAUUCACCCUGAAGGCUGGACAGAGGGUCACGAUCUGGGCAUCUGCAGCUGGCGGCAGCCACAACCCCCCUUCUGACCUGGUGUGGAAGACCCAGACCUCUUGGGGCAGUGGAGACCACUUCCAGACCACUCUGAUCAGUGCCAAUGGAGAGGAAAUGGCCAUGAGGAAGGUGACCCGCACCCUAUUUGACGAGGAUGAUGAUGACAUGAUGGCCCAUAGCACAUGUGGAGGAGAUGGUGAGUAUAACCUUCGGAGCCGGUGUGGCUCCUGUGGCCUGCCUGCUGACGGCAAGUCCAGCGGUGGCUUCUCUGUGUCCUCCACCUCCCGCUCAAUCCGAAGUGGGGGCAUCGCUGAGGGUCUCCUCCCACACUCCUAUGUUGUGAGCAGCAGCACGUCUCGUAGGAGUGGAUCUAGAAUGGAGAACUGUCCCAUCAUGUGAAGCUUUGAGUUCUAACUGGUGCACAUGGACUCCAUUUCAUCUCAUUUUUUAAAAAUAUAUAUAUCUUUUUUUAUACUCUUUAUCCAAUAAAGUUUUUCUAACUUUAUACAUUGUAAUACAUUCAGAGAUGCACAUGUAUUGUAUUUGAUUUAUGUUUAGAUCCAGACAGAGCACAAAUAAAGGUUAGAUUAAUUUGUUGGCAUGAAAAUUUGAUUGAACCACUAGUGCCACUGUCAGCUAUAUAUUUCCCCAAUGGAUCCCUGCAUGUUACAGUACGCCUCCAGUCUGAUUUGUAACACUUCUAUUCAUGUCACAAUUAAUAAAAUAAUAGAAUAGAAUAACUAUGCAUGGAUCAAUACAAUUGCCUCAUGUU